AUGCUUCGCGUUCUCAACUCCAUGGCCUCCCUGGCGCCUGCUCGUCGAGCUCGCUCGCCAGGCGUUUGCGGCCCUGAAGGCGCGCGCCGCGGGCAUGCUGAUGACAUCACGGAGCGCGAUUGCGCGCUUGUCACCAACACGUGCCCGCGGGUCACAGUGCGCGCCCUUCAAUCGAUUACUCUUCUUGAAGACUGCCAUCACCCAGUCGACGAGGUCGACGCCCAGCACUACUCUAAGCUUGCCGACGAUGGCGUCGACUCAGCAGUGAAUGCGAUGCUAGAAGCGCCGCCUGCGACUGCCUACUUCCCCUGCGCCACCCGCUUUACGCCUCAGGACGUCAGCGGUCCUGAAUACCAACUCACCGCGCUCAACGAGUGCGAGCCCAACGAGGACGAAAGUGCCUCGCCCGAACUUGUCGGCGGCAAGAGACUGCCGACCCCGAUCUUCCCCGCUUCCUAUACCGCCUCAGUAUACCCAGACCUCUCCUCCCCCUCGUCGUCGGAGUCCUCGGCGGAGUCAUAUGUCAGCGAGCCUCCUUUCGACAGGCAGGCGGACGAUGAUGCGCUGAGACCCUACAUAGAGAGUCACCAGCUCGUCCUCGAUUCCACCACGCCUUGGAAGACGCCACACAUCGCUAUCUGCCCCACGCCGCAAAGCUGGGAACAGCAUGUCAUACCGUCGUAUAACAGCGUUCCCCCACAAGACCUCGGUCAUCUUGGCGUCCCACCUCGACCCUUACACGAUACCUGUCCCCUAAACACCGACACUGAUAUCCGGCACGAGGGGGACGAGCCAGCAGCUCACGAGGAGCCUGGUCCCGCUCGCGUGUUCAGUCACGCCGCAUUCGCUAUCUGGACUCAGAAGACGUCCGUCGAGCGAUUGAUCUUCUGCUCAGUCGUUGCCGCGCUGCAGCGACGCAACUUCCAGCUGGUGGCGCGCGCUGCUAGCCAGCUUGCCGGCCUUCUCUACGGCCGAUAUGAAUCUCCUGAUGUGUUUAGCCACCUUGAGCCGCCCUUCGUAUGGUCGGAUCAGGCUCUGCCCCUCCUUGACGCAUCCCAACAUCCGCCGGGCACCCUCAUCCUGGAGUCUGACCACCCGUUGACGGUGCCACACAUCAUCAUCACGCCGGAGCCGAACGACGACCCGUGGGUGGCCGCGAUGAACCUGCCUACGUUCCCUCAGGACGGGCGAUUCCUCAUGGUCUACUACCACAACAUGCAGGUCUGGUGGGGCCCGGAGUGGCUGCAGGCGCAGAUGGAGGCGCAAUGGCAGUAUCAGCUCCAAUGCGCCCAGUGCCAGGGCUGCGCCCAGCUUGCGGCCGAGUGUUGCUGCAAUGCGCCUGUGGCCGAAGCUGUCGCCGAGCCGACUCCGGAGGAGGCGGGCUACUGGCCGAUCGAAGAUGACGACUGCGCCCAGUACGCCUCGUCCCCGACGACGGACGAAUCGAGCUGCGACGAGAGCACGCCACCCAUGACCCCAGAGCCCGAGCCCGAUGUGCGCCCGGCAUGUAACAUAUUCAGCGUCGACGAGGAUGACGACGAGCUACCCUCCAUAGAGGAGUGGUGCAAGUCGCUCGAGCGCAACAGGGGACAGAGCUAG